AUGCUGCCCCGAGGGCGCCCCCGGGCUCUGGGGGCCGCGGCGCUGCUGCUGCUGCUGCUGCUCGGCUUCUUCCUGCUCGGCGGGCACCUGGCGUCCUUCCCCUGCGCGCUGCCGCCGCGCGUCCCCCCCGACGGGCGGCCCCGGGGCGCUGCUGUCCGCGACCCGCACCCGCAGGAGGACCACGGGGGCCACAACCGCUCUGACUGCGUCCUGCCGCGGCCGCUGCCCCCCAAGUGCGAGCUCUUGCACGUGGCAAUCGUGUGUGCCGGGCACAAAACCAGCCGAGACGUCAUCACGCUGGUCAAGUCCUUGCUCUUCUACAGGAAAAACCCACUGCACCUCCACUUGGUGACCGAUGCCGUGGCCAGGAACAUUCUGGAGACGCUCUUUCACACAUGGAUGGUGCCCGCUGUCCGUGUCAGCUUCUAUGACGCAGAUGAGCUCAAGCCCCAGGUCUCCUGGAUCCCCAACAAGCACUACUCUGGCCUCUACGGGCUAAUGAAGCUGGUGCUGCCCGGUGCCCUGCCUCCUGACCUGGCCCGGGUUAUUGUCCUGGACACAGAUGUCACCUUCGCCGCCGACAUUGCAGAGCUCUGGGCACUCUUUGCUCACUUUUCUGACGAGCAGGUGAUCGGUCUCGUGGAGAAUCAGAGCGACUGGUACCUGGGCAACCUCUGGAGGAACCACAAGCCGUGGCCUGCCUUGGGCAGGGGAUUUAACACAGGUGUCAUCCUCCUGUGGCUGGACCGGCUUCGGCAGGCCGGCUGGGAGCAGAUGUGGAAGCUGACAGCCACCCAGGAGCUCCUCACCCUGCCCGCCACCUCGCUGGCUGACCAGGACAUCUUCAACGCUGUAAUCAAGGGGCACCCAGCGCUGGUGCGGCCCCUGCCCUGCGUCUGGAACGUGCAGCUGUCCGACCACACGCUGGCCGAGCGCUGCUACCUAGAGGCUGCUGAUAUCAAGGCGGUCCACUGGAACUCCCCGAAGAAGCUGCGAGUGAAGAACAAGCACGUGGAGUUCUUCCGCAACCUCUACCUGACCUUCCUGGAGCAUGACGGGAACCUGCUGCGGAGGGAGCUCUUUGGGUGCCCCAGCCCGCGCCCCCCGGAGGCCGAGCGGCUGCAGCAGGCCCUGGCCCAGCUCGACGAGGAAGACGCCUGCUUCGAGUUCCGGCAGCAGCAGCUCACGGUGCACCGCGUGCACAUCACCUUCCUGCCCCACGAGCCGCCGCCUCCCCGGCCCCACGACGUCACCCUGGUGGCCCAGCUCUCCAUGGACCGGCUGCAGAUGCUGGAGGCCCUGUGCAGGCACUGGCCGGGCCCCAUGAGCCUGGCCUUGUAUCUGACAGACGCAGAAGCCCAGCAGUUCCUGCGUUUCGUCGAGGCCUCGGAGGUGCUCUCUGCCCGGCAGGAUGUGGCCUACCACGUGGUGUACCGGGAGGGUCCCCUCUACCCCAUCAACCAGAUUCGCAACGUGGCCCUGGCCCAGGCCCUCACGCCUUACGUGUUCCUCAGCGACAUUGACUUCCUGCCCGCCUACUCCCUCUACGACUACCUCAGGGCCUCCAUUGAGCAGCUGGAGCUGGGCAGCGGGCGGAAGGCAGCCCUGGUGGUGCCAGCAUUUGAGACCCUGCACUACCAGUUCAGCUUCCCCUCUUCCAAGGCUGACCUGCUGGCCUUGCUAGACGCCGGCUCUGUCCACACCUUCAGGCACCACGAGUGGCCCCGGGGUCACACGCCCACAGACUAUGCCCGCUGGCGGGAGGCUCAGGCCCCGUACCGUGUGCAGUGGGCCGUGGACUACGAGCCCUACGUGGUGGUACCCCGUGACUGUCCCCGCUAUGACCCCCGCUUUGUGGGCUUCGGUUGGAACAAGGUGGCCCACAUCAUGGAGCUGGAUGCACAGGAAUAUGAGUUCCUGGUGCUGCCAGAGGCCUUCACCAUCCACCUGCCACACACCCCGAGUCUGGACAUCUCCCGCUUCCGCUCCAGCAGCACCUAUCGAGGCUGCCUGCAGGCCCUUAAGGACGAGUUCCUCCAGGACCUGUCCCGCCACUACGGGGCUGCCGCCCUCAAAUACCUCACUGCCCUGCGGCAGCCCUGA